UCAGGCUGUGCUCUAGGGCCGGAUGGAAAGCAGCCUCUGGGAGUGCAAAUGGGCUAUUCAGUUUCGGCUUGAUGACGCCACUUAGCCAUUAACUAUCUCUAGCAAAUUUAUAACAGAAAGCCAGUUCCCACCUCCACACCAUUCACAUCCUACAUCCCCUCCCGAUCAUUCACUUGCAUACACACACACACACACACAGACACACACACACACACUCACUCACGCACGCACACACUCCCUCACACAACACACACGCACUCACAUAAACACACAUCCCACGCUCACUGCCAGACUUUAAGCAGACCUUUAACUAUAAGAAUAUAUACACACAGCCUGCUAAUGCUCAUCAGACAGCCUGCCUGAGAAAGAAAGACCUUCAUUUUGGGUUUAAUUUUAUUGCAAAACAUCAGAAUAGAUAGAGCAGCAACAGCUAUUUCAUUCAAGAUUUCUGGAGCAUUAGAAUAAAAAAAAUAAUAAUCUAAAGACAAAAAAAGGAAAUUACUGGAUCACCUCUGAUUCUCUUUUCUUUCUUUUUUUUUUUUUUGUUGUUGUUGUUGCUUGGAACUACAUUUUAAACUUUUUCAUCUUUGGUUGUUUUUGCGAUGCCCGCAGACGAACUGAGUUUUGCAUUGAUUGGACUGUCUGCAAGCUCUUAAGAAGACAAGAUCAUUCAAGGUUAACUUCUUUUUUUUUUUACUAUUUAUUUUGUGCCAAGUUAUCUUCUGCCAGCAUGGAUCUCCACAGAUACAGAGGAUUCUCUGAUGUACCCUGACAAAUAGCACAAGCGUGACUAAGACAGUCGUGAGAACAUCAGCAGCUGACUAAAGAUGGAACCAGACCUGGCAGAGCUGCAGCCAGUGCAGGUUCUGUCAAUUGACCAGAUCCGCUCCAUCAGGGUCAACAAUGACUAUGUUGACAGACCGUUCACCUCUACAGCCCAUUCCAAUCCAACCAUUUCACAACAGCAGCAGUCACAAAAAAUUGACUGGACACAGGAGAGGCCAUUCAGCAACGAUCUCCACAGGAGUCAAAGCCAUCAACACCAUCAUCAUGUCAGCCAUCAGUCUCAUCUCAGUCGUUCCAGCACUAUUAGCUCUGUGUCUCGAAGUAGCACAGCAUCUGACCAAAGACUGUUAACGGGUCUGACACCCUCCCAUUCAGGCCAGGCCUUUAUAAGAGCUCAGCCCAAAGGUGAACUCAAGCCAGAGGACCUUGUAAAGGGUGUAGUGACCAGUCCAAAUCUUAGUCAACAUCAAUUGAUCUGUGAGCACUGUGGGAAAUGCAAAUGUGAGGAAUGUUGUGCCCCAAGAACACUUCCUUCCUGCUGGGUCUGUGACCAGAGGUGUCUCUGCUCCCUAGAAAGCAUAGUGGAAUAUGGAACUUGUCUGUGCUGUGUGAAAGGCAUCUUCUACCAUUGUUCCAGUGAUGAUGAGGAUAACUGCGCUGACCAGCCAUGCUCAUGUAGCCAGGGCCAUGCCUGUUCCCGCUGGGCAGCAAUGAGCGUUCUGUCAAUCUUUCUUCCAUGCCUCUGCUGCUACCUGCCAGCGAAAGGCUGCCUAACCGUCUGCCAGAGAAGCUACGACCAUAUGAAGAGGCCAGGGUGCCGGUGCAGCAAUACCAACACAGUUUGCCGAAAGAUCUCCUCCACCUCCACACCAACUCCUUUCCCGAAAAAUCUUGAGAAGCCAGUAUGACCUCUGUCUUUGAUGCUAAUCAAAGCAACACCAUCCUGGAAUAUAAGUGAAAUGCAACUGAAAAAAGAGAUAUGCAAGUCAAUCAUGAACAAUUAUCAGAUUAACAAUUAUAUAAAGUGUAUGCAUAGGCUUCUAAUUUUUUGGUGUGGGUGUAAGAGUAUUUUGCACAAUAUAUCUAAGUGGAAUAAAAUAAAGCAAAUAUUUUCUUACUUCUAGCUUAAUGAGUAUGUCUACAAAGCACUUUUCUGUUCAACUGCAGUGUUGGUUGAAGGAUAAUAAUUUUGGACCACUGUGCUGAAUGAAGGAUUCUGUUUCACUGCACGGGCUGAAAGCAGCAGAGUCUGUUGGUCAAACAUAAAUAGGUUUUCACUUUGCCUCUUAAAACAGUGAAGGAAGUUUACAAGCAAGACCCUAAAAUGAUGAGCAGGAACAGAUGAGCAAUCACGUGUAACUCUUAUCAAACCAUCUGGACUUUUGCUCCUAUCAUGUCCGCAAACAAAAUACUGCUGAGGAUCACCAAGAUGAAGAUUUCACUAAAGGAGCCAUAUCUGCAGAGAUCCUGUAAUACUUGAACUCACUUGCACAUCUGGAUCUUUCAGUGGGUAUUAACAUUCAUCUUAUAUCAGACCUGUUGUAAGAAGACCCAGAUCUGCCAGACGGUAACAGCAAGAAGUGAGUUUCCAGCAGUGCUCAUGCUCCUGCUGUAAUGAAUGAAUGACACGAACUCCAGGAAACAGGAUCACACAGCAUUCUCUGGAGACGGCCAGCAAAAUUCAAACCACGAACCAAAGAUGACCAGGAAAAACAAGCAGUGCAUUAUUCCUUUGCCUUCAUUUUAUUCAAGACGUUAAAUUGUGGAAUACUUUAAAGUCAGGGCAUGAAAAACUUAAUACUACUUCAACACACUGGAAUCAAAUAACUGUGACUGAAUAUUUAAUAUGUUAAUCUCCUCUAGAAAGCUUUCUCUGGUACAGAGAAUUUAAGGUAAUGGUGUCAAAACAAAAAAAUCACUAAAGUCAAUUAGCAAAGAGCUAGAACUGAAACAAAUACUGACAUCCCUGAGAGAAUCAAGCAAAACUGGCAUGCCUUCUUUCAGAUGCAAUGUGGGGGCAAAAUGAAGAAAUCAAGUUGACUUAAAAUGUAAGCUAUCAUAACAGAUAAUUAGAUCAGUGCAGAUGUAACUAUAACAUGCAAAGUAUACUGUAUAAAUGUGCAAAUUAUUCUUCUUUGUUAGAAUUAAUUUUAUAUAUUUUUGUAUGUAAAUAUUAUUAAUGCUAUUAUUAUUAUUAUUAUUAUUAUUAUAAUUAUUAUUAUUAACCUUGAGACUGCUCAAAAUCUGACUGAAAAUGAACAAGAAUCCAGAUAAAAAUAUUGAAAGAUGGCAUCAAGAGAUCUUUUAGUAACCCUUUUUAAAUUAAAUAUGCUUUUUUUUUUCUUUUAUUUCAUAUCACUUUAUAAGAUAGUAACAGAGCGAUAAGGAUUUCUUUAGGUUUGCAUUCUUCAAACAUAGAUUUUUUUUCCCCCCAAAACUAUAUAUAUGUAUGUACACAUGCGUGUAUUUAUACGUUUUGGAAGCCUAUCCCUGGCAGUAGUGGGCACAAUGCAGGAAGCGACUCCAAUCACAGUCCACGCUCACUCACAUUGUGCCAGUUUAGAGUUCCAACCCAGGUUUGUUUGGAACUGUCAGGCCACAGCACAAGCCAUUGUGCCCUCCUAUCUGCAUCUAACUAGACCACCUAUUACCGGUAUAUAUAUAUACAUAGAAACAAUGCAUUUUAGGAAGUUAACAUAAAUAUACCUAGAAAGAGACAGGGAAAAGAAAGAGAGAGGGAAAGAGAGAGUGAGCAAGUGAAUGACCUUGUGCAGUAAUAUCCACUUAAAAAUAGUGUCAUCAUGUAUGAGUGUAGCAAUAGAUAGUCACAGGAAACAGGUGAACAUUGUAAGUGGACAUAUAGUCAUAAUAUGUGCAAAAAGCAAAUAAAGUGAAUUAAGGGAAGAAGAGGCUAAGCAUAUAGCAUUGUAUUGUCAAAAGGGACAAGGGGAAACCCCUAAAGUGUGAAAAACUCUUUUUAGUUUUUUUUUUUUAACAGAAUGCACCUCACAUUUAGGAAAAGUUGAACUGGACAAAAGGUAAUAACAUGGUAAUGCUUCCAUCCGCAAGUUGUACAAGAAAGAGAUCCCAACACAUUCUAGAAACAAAAGAGUUUCAGACGUGGAAGGAAGCGGUGGGCCACAUCCAUACCAUGGAUUAAAUUAGUGACAUUACCAGGAUGUCUCCUUUCUACUUCCAUUCUUCAAGAAUUCAAAUUUACUGUACUUAUGGCUACAUUAUGAAUCUAGAUAUUUAGGGUAUUACUCUGUGACUGUCCCUUUACUGUUAAACCCUCUUUACAUCUGUUUCUAUCUGGAUGCUUGUUCCAUUCGUGAAAGCACUAACUAGUUCUCAAUAACAAUCUGUUGAACACACAUAACACAGUAUUAAAUUUAGUAACGCUUUAUAGUGGGGACUACUUGCAAAAAGACUUCUUAAAACCAGUUACAACUUUAGUUAUUAUGCCCAAGAGGUUUUGUUAACUUUUUUUUUGUUUUGUACAUAGAUAGAUAGAUAGAUAGAUAGAUAGAUAGAUAGAUAGAUAGAUAGAUAGAUAGAUAGAUAGAUAGAUAGAUAGAUAGAUAGAUAGAUAGAUAGAUAGAUAGAUAGAUAGACAGAUAGAUACUUUAUUAAUCCCAAUGGGAAAUUCACAAUAAAAAUUCACAUAGCAGCUAAGUGAGGGAUAGCUGCACUAUAGAUAGUCCCUGUUCUAAAGCUUUACCAUAAAUUUUGAUAAAGAGCAAAAGAUCAACUCAGCUUUGUCAUCACUAAGCAGAAUGUGCUUCUUCAUUCAGUGUUACUAAUCAGGUCCUUGCAGUCUAAAGGUUUUUCCUAUUGAUGGUGCCAUACAAGAAGGAUUGGCUUAUUGGUACUGUAUAUGCCAUGUAAACAAACUGCCCAGUGCUUUUUGCAGGCUUUAGGUUAACCAGUAUCAUCUCCCAAUAUAUAAGCAAAUAAUGCUUUGGUACACUUGGCAUCAACUAUAUUGUACAAUAAGUAUAUAUAAUAUAUAUAAAUAACUAUAUCGAAUUUUACAGAUAUUUUUCUUUGCCAUUAUUACUUCAAAUAUAUUUAUUUAAAAUGUUAUAUAAAAGUCUUUAUUUAAAAAGAAGAUUCCCUUUGUGAUUUUAGUUUAAUUUGUUACUGCAGAAGAAAAUAAAAAUCCCAAACUGAUGCUGUCAGUGCAGCAGAGAAUAACAUCCUUAAUAAAAACAUUAAUGUUUAAAUCA